AUGGCACUCAAGCAAGUUCGAGUGGUCCGGUUGGCGCACGUGGUUUACCAGCACCCCGAUCUGGAAAAAUCCCUCUCGUUUCUGUCGGACUUUGGCUUUGUCGAGGAGCACCGGACGCCCGACCGCGUGUACCUGGGCGGUUAUGGGAUCCAGCCCUUCCUCUACGUCGCCGAACGAUCCCCAGACGACCAGAAACACUUCGUCGGGGGCUACUGGGUGGUUGACCGCCUGGAAGAUCUGGAAGCAGCCGCGGCCCGUCCGGGCGCCUCUCCGAUCCAGGACAGCGAUGCUCCCGGGGGUGGGAAAGUCGUCACGGUCGAGGACCCCAACGGCUUCAAGGUGGGCUUUGUCUACGGACAGAUGCUGAAAGAAAAAGAAGGGCCCGCCCCUCCUCUCGAGACGACUGCGCCCGUCCCCAACGGUGCCCUCGACAAACCCAGAAAGGGCCGGUUUCGCCGAUUCAAGACGGGGCCAUCUCCUCUUCACAAGCUCGGACACUACGGGUUCAUCGUCCCGGGGAGCAAAUUCGAGAGCACGCUCGCCUGGUACCGGGAUCUGAUGAAUUUGAAGCCUACCGACGCUGUCUUCAACCCGGCCACCGGCAAAGAUCAGACGUGCUUUUUGCACAUCGACCUGGGACCGGAAUACACUGAUCACCACAGUUUCUUCGCUGCCACCGGUCCCGAAGACCGCCCUCCGUUCAUCCAUCAUUCGAGUUAUGAAGUCGACGAUUUCGACGUGCAGACCCUCGGCCACGACUGGCUCCGGUCCAAGGGCUGGACCAACUGCUGGGGCAUCGGGCGCCACGUCUUGGGAAGUCAGAUCUUUGACUACUGGUUCGAUGGCUCAGGAUUCAUCGUGGAGCAUUAUUCGGACGGGGAUCUCGUCAACGAAGACACGCCCUUUUCGAGAGAGCCCGCCGCGCCCGACACGUUACACGUCUGGGGGCCCAACAUCCCUCUGGCGUUCCUGUCGGCCAAGAUGGAGGACUCGGGCAAGGAGCUGCCGGUGCCCCCCGACGCGAUGGAGGGGAAACCCGCCCAGUACAGGGCGCCCCCCGUGGUGGCAGCUUGA